ACUACUAACAAUACCUUAUUAACUUUUCUCUGGUUUUCUUCUUCUCUUCCUUUUCUCUCAUUGCAAUAAAACAAAGACGAAGCGAGCUAUCGAAAGAAAACCUAAAAGUAGGAGAAGAAUAUUACGAAUAAAGUUACUGAGAUUUUGUGUGUUUCAAUGGCGGAAAACAAACAAAUCCCUCCACCAAAAUAUGAUUUAGAUGCAAAAUGGGAUGCUUGCCUUGAUCUAACCGUACGUCGAACUGUUUACUCUUCUCUCGCUGGUGCUUUUGGUGGUCUCCUUUUAUUCAGGAGUCCUGUGACUCGAUGGGCAUCCAUAGCUCUUGGUGCUGGUAUAGGUAUUGGAUCCGCAUACACAGAGUGUUCUCACAAGUUUGAAGGGUCUACGACGAGGUUGCCAUCUCCUUCUGAAGUUCCUCAAAAGACAAUUGUUGUUGAGGCUGAGGGUGAGCAGAACUAAAGGACUGGAGUUCGGUUAGAUCUCAAAAACAAUGGGAAUUUCAAAAAAUUAUUGGCUUUUUUGUAAGUUGAGUCUGUUGAUGUUUCACUUCUCCCAGCAAUGAUAAACUGGGGUUACUUUCUCAGAUUGAUAAGUUGAGAUACGUUCCUGGUUUCUUAUAGGAAUUCUGCAGCCUUUUUGUGGGUUUUGAUAAAAUAAACGUGUACAUCUCGAGUUGAGGUCUUAGAUACCGGGAAUGCUUUCUAUAUGAUAUCUUAGAAUAUGUCAUACGCAAUACAUCAUCUGGGAACUAACUUUGUCAUGCAAAUUUUUACUUUUAUGCUUUAUCAAAAAAU